AUAAGAAAUGUAAGAUUCAUAAGAUGUUCACAAUUUUUCCCAGUUUUAGAACAUUAUAGAGAUGAUGGCCUGAUGAAGAGGAACAAGAAAAUCAAAGACAAACACUCAUGGCAAGUUACAUUCAUCAAUAAUAAAUCUUUGACUGGAAAGGAAGAGGAAGUUUUAGGGAAAGCAUUUAAUCUGCACAUAGCUCCUGUUUGUUCAACAAAAAUGUCCUAUAAAUAUGACUCAUGGGGAGUGAAUUUGCAAAAUAUUUCUCAGUUCAUCAUUAAUAAUAGAACCUAUUCAAGAAAAAAAACAGGUUGCUGUAAUGUCUGUGAAAAUUUGCCUUUCAAAAUUAACUUUGAGAGAACUCAUACUGGAGAGAAAUGUUAUGAAUAUAAUAAAAAUUGGAAAGCCCUCAGUUAUAAGGAAAAUCUUCCUGAGCAUCAAAAGUGUCAAAGUUUGGAACAAGCUUUUGAAUAUAACAUAAUUGGAAAAGCCUAUGAUGAGGCUGCUUGUGUUACACAUAAGAGUACUCACACAGGAGAAAAAUCCUGUAAAGAUGAUGAAUUUAAAAAAAACUGUGAUAUGACAAAUUUCUUUGACCACAAAAGGACUGGGACAGGGGAGAAACACUCUCAUUUUAAUCAGUGUGGGAAAUCCUGUGAGAAGUCAGCUGUCAAGGAAUAUAAUAAAUUUAACAUGGCUGUGAAACACUAUGAAUUUAAUGCAAGUGGGAAUAAUUUCAACAGGAAUUCACAUCUCACUCAACCACAGAGAAUUGUCACAGAAGAGAAUCCAUUGUUAUGUAAUGACAGAACACAAACUGGGGAUAAAGCCUUUGAAUACCAUGAAAAUAGGAAAUCCUACCAAACAUCAGCCAGCAAAGUACGCCAGAGAACUCACUCUGCGGUAAAACCCUAUAAAUGUAAUGAAUGUGGGAAAUCCUUCUGUCAAAAAGGACAUCUCAUUCAACAUCAGAGAACCCACACAGGAGAAAAACCAUUUGAAUGUAAUGAAUGUGGAAAAACUUUCUCCCAGAAGUCACACCUCAAUACACAUCAGAGAAUUCACACAGCAGAGAAACCCUAUAAGUGUAAUGAAUGUGGGAAAACAUUUGUCCAGAAAUCAACCCUCCGGGGACAUCAGAGAAUUCAUACAGGAGAGAAGCCCUAUAAAUGUAGUGAAUGUGGGAAAACUUUUGUUCAAAAGUCAACUCUCAGAGAUCAUCAUAGAAUUCACACAGGGGAGAAAUCCUUUCAAUGUAUUGAAUGUGGGAAAACUUUUGGCCAGAAGUCAAACCUCAGAAUACAUCAGAGAACUCACAGUGGUGAGAAAACUUACCAGUGUAAUGAAUGUGAAAAAUCCUUCUGGAGAAAAGACCAUCUCAUUCAACAUCAGAAAACGCACACAGGAGAGAAACCAUUUAAAUGUAAUGAAUGUGACAAAACUUUCGCCCGCACAUCAACCCUCAGAGUGCAUCAGAGAAUUCACACUGGGGAGAAACCAUUUAAAUGUAAUGAAUGUGGGAAAAAAUUUGUCCGGAAGGCAAUCCUUAGUGAUCAUCACAGAAUUCAUACAGGGGAAAAACCCUUUCAGUGUAAUAAAUGUGGGAAAACUUUUGGCCAGAAAUCAAACCUCAGAAUACAUCUGAGGACUCACAGUGGGGAGAAAUCUAAUGAAUGUAAUGAAUAUGGAAAAUUGUAUAAGAAGUCAACCCUAAAUAUAUGCCAGAGAAUUCAGGGAAGGAGAAAACCCUGUUAAUAACUAACGAAAACCCUUCUGGCUAAAAGACCAACCCAAUUGACAUCAGAAAAUUCACACAGUUGAGAAACCAUACAAAUAUGAAUAUAUGAAGAAUUUUGUCCAAAAGGCAACCCUGAGAGUGGAUGAGAGAAUGGACACAGGUGUUUGUUUCUUUCAAGGUACUAUGGAAAGCCCUUUUGAAUGACAUCAUGCCUGUUAGAUAACUCACACAUCACACAGGCUGGUAGUCCGUUAGCUAGGAAGAAUUUCAUUUUUCCUCUAGACACAUAGCUAACCUAAAUUUCCCAGUCUCCCUUUCACCUAAGUGGGACUUUGGACUGGCUACUGGAAUGUGGAUGAUUAUGUUGUAUGCCACAUCCAGUUUUAAGAAAAGACUUAACUGACAAACUACCAGCUGCUGUCAGGGUAAAAUGGAGAUGACUUCCAGGACAACCUUGGGUACCAUGCUUUAACAUGGCAUAGCACAAGAUAAAAGCCAGGGUACCUGAAAUAUGUGGAUCAAAAUUCUCUUCCACAUCUUUUUUAUUUGAACAUUUUGUGAGCAAAAAUUAAGCUUGUAUUUUGUUGAGCUCUUAUAUGUUUGGGUCUAUUUCUGUACAUAAAAGCUGCCACUCAGCGAGGGAGGCAGAAUACUACUGGAUAAGCCAAGCUUAUAUCAGCCACAGGGUGCAAAGCUUAUCAGAGAAUUUCAUACAAUAGAUAUCCUUUCAAUAUAAUGAAGCAGAUGGUACCACCUGAUACAGGGCUUUGGGUGAACCUAAAAAGUUAGAAGGUUUUGGGGGGUAUUUUUGGAUGAAUGGUGAACAGCUCUUGGGUUGUCGGAAAAGUCAUGAUGCAUUUUUACAACGAAAAACAUAGAAAAAAUACAUCAUUGUGGGAGACCUGCUCCCACGUGUCCAGGGAUACCCUCGUGUGGACGGAGUCAGCGAGAGAGAGACAGAAAUGGAAUGUGUGGAGUAUGAAAGAGGAAGCCUUUAUUUUUGUACAUAUUGCUCAUAUAUAUAUUGAUUUUGCAUUUGGCUGAGGUUGUUUCCUAAGAAACGGCGGUUACACUUUUGCAAGCUGGCAGUUUUUCUUGGAACCGUUUUGUUUGCAGAUAAUUUCUUAACAGUAAGCUUUUUAUUUAGAGAUACCCUGUUAUGGCUGAAAUUACAGGCUGUAAGGCACAACAUGUAAAGGUCGGCAGGAUACAGUUGUCGAUGUGGCAGUUUUGUUUCAUAACCACAAGGAACUUAUGCUUAGCAGAGAACAAAUUUAAACCUUCUGUCAGAUAACAAGCAGUAAGCCCAUGAUUUUUGUAAUGUAAAUUUAGUAAUUGAUAUACAUGUUUUAUUGUAUGGCUAGAUAUAUGCAUGGGAAGUAGAUAAGGUCCUAUGUUUUUUGGUUAAGUUCCAAAUAUUGACAUUUUUUAGUUUUGGUUGUGGCAGGAGAUAUUGCAAGACCACCAUAGGGCAAUGCCCUAAACACCCAACACCUUGCGUGGAUCUUCACCUCGAUGCGACCUUGUAAAACACCGAGGCGCAGCCGGCUCCCAACACAUCAUGACUUUUCCGACAACCCAAUAUUAUGCAACUAAAAUAAAUGUGGCUUAAUGUCAUGAAGCCACUCUCCCUCCACACCUCAUGUCACCUCCAUAUACCCCAACCUCAACUGCUUUAAGGGGAAAGAGGUUUUCCUGUCUCUAGAGGGUACCCAAAGCCUUUACCACACACCCAAGUAUUCUGGGGGACUUCAAGGGAGGGGAAGGACUCAAAGCUUUUAUGAUUCUAUGGGCUACAGAUACUCAAGUCAACAUCUUACAAGUUUCCAUGGAGGUAGGGGCACUAGAUUUAGAUAAUGUCGUUAGGGCAGGGUUUACAAUAGAGAAGGGAAAUGGAUGUGACCUUACGAAUAAAGGGGGUUCUUUGUACCAGUGCGGUGUAUUGUGGUUACUUCUACAUCUGGAAGUAUAGAAGUUAAUGUCAU